CAACACAACAAACACGAAUAAUAAGUUAGUUCAACAAUUCAAACAUAAGCAAUAAAUUAGUUCACAGUCAUGAAUUCGCUUGUUCUUCGCCGCUUAUUGAUUUUCCUAAUAGGCCUUGGGAAUUCUGUGGCACUUAGACAUGGGAGAUGUUCAUUCAUCGCAAAUCCUGGUCCUUGCAAUGGACUUUUUGAAAUGUUUGCCUACGACUUUGCUAACAAUGUGUGCGUAGAAUUCAUCUACGGUGGUUGUGGAGGAAACCCAAAUCGUUUUCAAACUAAAAGGGAAUGCAUACAUCUAUGUGAUGCUUUAUCAGAUGAAGAAGAUGAAGAGGCUAUUGUUUCUACGGAGUAUGAUGAAUAUAUGACAAAACAAGAAAGAACAGCGUCAUUUAAUAGAACUACAUUGGCAGAAGGUUCAAAAAUAUCCAAGAAUAAUAAUCACAUUACUCUCCUUAAUUAAAAGCACGGGUCGCGUGUUUAGCAUACGUAGAUUGCGGCUUAAGUUCUCCAGCAUAUCCUCCGGUGAAUCGUUCACAAAAGCUAUUGUAAGGACAUUAUGUGAAGGAUUUUGAAGCAAGUUAUAGUUCUCCCCAGAGCGCU